AUGACGCAGCGACAUGCCUUGGCGUAUUCACCAAGCUACUUAAACGGCCGUUUUGACCUUUAUCACUCAACAACGCUCCUCGACAAGAUGCAUACCCAAGCAAUCAUGACGCUAGCGGCACUUCUUGCACCUCUCGCUCUGGCACUACCAGCAAACUACGAUCACAAGUCCGAAGGCAGCAAAGACUAUCCGACAAGCGGCGGUCUAAACAUCUUUGACUUUUCAUCGACCUACAGUGCCUAUGCCACGCCGGGUAUGGUCGUCAACGCCAAUAACUCGUAUACGGGCGGUCAAGAAGGAUCAUCGGGCGAGUUCCACUUUGGCAUCAACGCUCGACAGAACGUCAUUUGCUACAAUAUCACGGUAUACCUCGCACCAAACUCAACGUACCAGUCGCCUGCCCGGACUGCCACACAUAUUCACCAAGGCACAGUAGGCCUUGCAGGUCCACCACGACUGACAUUCCCGAACCCCGUCUUGGACGAUUCCGGCUACGGCCAAUCCAUCGGCUGUCUGCAAGGACCUUUCGAGACCGGCGUGCUCAGCAACGGCACUGAUACUGCGGCCAACUUCACCGUAGCUGCCAUCGAGCGCUCGCCUUCGUCCUUCUUUGCAGACACGCAUACUUCCGAUGCCGUGCCGGGCGCUGUUCGCGGACAGCUGACACUCACUGGUACAAUCUACUAA